AUGGCCACCUUCACGCCCCAGGUCAGCGCGAUGGCGUGCGGGUCCCCGUCGAGCUCGCUCUUCGUGGGCCGGCGGCGGCGGCCGGCGCUGCAGAUGCGGGCCCCGCGCGGCGGGCGGGCGCGCGGGCUGGCGAUGCGCGUGGCGUGCGAGAAGGUGGUGGGGAUCGACCUCGGCACCACCAACUCCGCCGUCGCCGCCAUGGAGGCCGGCAAGCCCACGGUGAUCACCAACGCCGAGGGCCAGCGGACCACGCCGUCCGUCGUUGCCUACACCAAGGGAGGGGAGCGGCUGGUCGGACAGAUCGCCAAGCGCCAGGCCGUCGUCAACCCGGAGAACACCUUCUUCUCCGUCAAGCGCUUCAUCGGCCGCAAGAUGGCCGAGGUCGACGACGAGGCUAAGCAGGUCUCCUACAAUGUCCUGCGCGACGAGAACGGGAACGUUAAGCUCGACUGCCCUGCCAUCGGCAAGCAGUUCGCCGCGGAGGAGAUAUCCGCGCAGGUAUUGAGGAAGCUGGUGGAUGAUGCAUCUAAGUUUCUGAAUGAAAAAAUUACAAAAGCAGUGGUCACUGUUCCAGCCUACUUCAAUGACUCACAGAGAACAGCAACAAAAGAUGCUGGUCGUAUUGCAGGCUUAGAAGUUCUUCGCAUUAUAAAUGAGCCGACUGCUGCAUCCCUGGCUUAUGGUUUUGAGAAGAAAAAUAACGAAACAAUUCUAGUGUUUGACCUGGGUGGUGGUACUUUUGAUGUCUCAGUAUUGGAGGUAGGAGAUGGUGUGUUUGAGGUGCUUUCCACAUCUGGGGACACACACCUAGGUGGCGAUGACUUUGAUAAGAAAAUUGUAGAUUGGCUCGCUAGCACCUUCAAGAAUGAUGAAGGCAUAGAUCUUCUUAAGGAUAAACAAGCCCUUCAGCGUCUUACUGAGGCUGCAGAAAAGGCCAAGAUGGAAUUGUCAACUCUCACACAGGCAAACAUUAGCUUGCCAUUCAUAACCGCUACUGCUGAUGGACCCAAACACAUUGAGGCAACCCUCUCUAGAGCCAAAUUUGAGGAACUGUGUUCAGACCUCAUUGAUAGGCUUAAAACUCCUGUUAAUAACGCCUUGAAAGAUGCCAAGCUAUCUGUUAGUAAUCUAGACGAAGUGAUUCUUGUGGGUGGAUCCACCCGAAUCCCUUCAGUGCAAGAACUUGUGAAGAAGAUUACCGGCAAGGACCCCAACGUUACAGUCAACCCUGAUGAGGUUGUUUCUCUUGGGGCAGCAGUACAGGGUGGGGUUUUAGCUGGAGAUGUGAAGGAUGUUGUCCUUCUCGAUGUUACUCCAUUGUCAAUUGGGUUAGAAACUUUGGGUGGGGUAAUGACAAAGAUUAUCCCCAGGAAUACAACACUGCCCACCUCUAAGUCUGAGGUAUUCUCAACGGCCGCUGAUGGACAGACAAGUGUUGAGAUUAAUGUUCUCCAAGGGGAAAGAGAGUUUGUCAGGGACAACAAGUCCCUUGGAAGCUUCCGGUUGGACGGGAUCCCUCCCGCACCACGUGGCGUGCCACAAAUUGAAGUGAAGUUCGAUAUUGAUGCCAAUGGCAUUCUGUCCGUUGCAGCUGUUGACAAGGGUACUGGCAAGAAGCAGGAUAUCACUAUCACUGGCGCUAGUACACUACCAAAGGAUGAGGUUGAGAGAAUGGUAGAAGAAGCUGACAAGUUUGCCCAGGAGGACAAAGAGAAAAGAGAUGCCAUUGACACGAAAAACCAGGCAGACUCUGUGGUCUACCAGACGGAGAAGCAACUGAAGGAGCUUGGCGACAAGGUCCCUGCUCCUGUGAAAGAAAAGGUGGAUGUAAAGCUUCAGGAACUCAAAGAUGCCAUUGCUGGUGGAUCAACACCCACAAUGAAAGCUGCCAUGGAGGCUUUGAAUCAGGAGGUAAUGCAGAUCGGACAGGCUAUGUAUAACCAAUCUAGUGGCGGUGCUUCAGGGCCUACUGAUGCUGGCGCUGAGCCUACGCCUGGUGCUGGACCAACAGGCUCAAGUGGAAAUGAUGGAGAUGUUAUUGAUGCGGAUUUCACAGAUAGCAACUAAAAGGAUGGUCAAAUGGAUAAUGCCGUUUGAUGCAUAGACGCUGAGUGAUGUUCUGGGUGUUAUUUUUUGGGGGUGAUAAAAGUUCUUUUUGUAUCUCAGAUUGAUGUCCCUAUAGGCUACUUAGUAUGGAGUUUUAUAGAUGUAGGAGUUAACAACAUUUCCUGGUGAUGUUGAAUCGAGUAUUAUAGCCAUCCGAAGGUGUAUGGAGGCAAAAUGUUUUUGAUCGAAAUUGUAGCCUUUCUUGGAAAUAAACUAGCCAUGUUCAGAUCAGCAAUGAACCAUCAGGUGUUCCCAUUGUAUUUAUCUACUGCAACAUGUGCAGAGAACCAAGUAAUUAUGCAGGUUUAUCCA